AUGGCGGCAGGGCCGCAGACUCCCCUCGCCCCCCCGGUCUCAGAGGAGGAAGCGGACGAUGAUGACGACGAUGACGAAGAUGAAGACGAAGAUGAUGAUGACGAAGACGAUGAUGAUGACGAGGUCCCUCCUGUCAUCGCACCUCGACCAGAACACACCAAGUCGAUUUACACACGCUCUGUCGUGGACAGCUCCUCUAACUCACACACACUGGCUCCCUUCGGCCAACCCCCCCCCACUCCAGCAGAGUCAAAGGUGGAGCCUGAUGGGGGGGGCGGGGGCACCGUCACCACGACGACAGCCACCUCCAGCGCGCUCUAUCGCCAUACCGACCGGCAGAGAAAGAAAUCAAAGAUGUCAGACGAGGAGAUACUGGAGAAGCUCAGGAGUAUCGUGAGUGUUGGUGACCCCAAGAAGAAGUAUACUCGCUUCGAGAAGAUCGGCCAAGGUGCUUCUGGGACUGUCUACACAGCCAUUGACAUCGCCACUGGACAGGAGGUGGCCACAAAGCAGAUGAAUCUCCUCCAGCAGCCCAAGAAGGAACUGAUCAUCAACGAGAUUCUGGUCAUGAGGGAAAACAAGAACCCAAACAUCGUCAACUAUCUGGACAGCUACCUGGUAGGGGAUGAGCUGUGGGUGGUUAUGGAAUACCUGGCAGGUGGUUCAUUAACAGACGUAGUCACGGAAACAUGCAUGGACGAAGGACAGAUUGCAGCUGUGUGUCGAGAGUGUCUACAAGCCUUGGAUUUCCUACACAGUAACCAAGUGAUACAUCGGGACAUAAAAAGUGACAACAUUCUCCUGGGAAUGGACGGAUCUGUUAAACUGACCGACUUUGGCUUCUGCGCCCAGAUCAGUCCAGAGCAGUCGAAGCGAAACACCAUGGUGGGCACGCCCUAUUGGAUGGCUCCAGAGGUCGUGACCCGGAAGAGUUACGGCCCAAAGGUGGACAUCUGGUCUCUAGGCAUCAUGGCCAUUGAGAUGGUGGAGGGAGAACCACCUUACCUGAAUGAGAAUCCCUUAAGGGCUUUGUAUCUGAUCGCCACAAAUGGAACCCCGGAACUUCAAAGUCCAGAGAGGCUAUCCUCAGUGUUCCGAGAUUUCCUGAAGAGAUGUCUGGAGAUGGACGUGGAAAGACGAGGAUCAGCGAAAGAACUGCUGCAGCACUCAUUCCUAAAGCUCGCGAAGCCACUGUCGAGCCUGACACCGCUGAUCAUAGCAGCUAAAGAGGCUAUCAAAAACAGCAGCCGCUAGCUGCUAGCACACAAAACAGCAAACAACACCAACGGACAGCGGCACGUGCUAACAGCUAAGAACAGCUGGCUAUGGAUGAGGAAUGGCUGCUAUUGCUAUCAACAAGCUGGCGGCAGCAGAAUACUAUAAAAACAGAUGGCUGCAAACAU